AUGGCCCUCGAGCUUUUCAUUCCUCCCUGUGUCCACAACCCACCUCAUCGCCUUCAUUCUCCGCCUCCUGAACAGCCACUGAGAAUUCAAAUACAAGGGCCGCUGGAGUCCAUACAUAAGCUCCUUCCGAACGAACUUUGGCAUCCGAUCGAGCCUUUUCCCCAGCCUGGGGGACUGAAGCUUGCCACGCUUACACAUUGGGCAUUGUAUGGGGGGGAGAAGGCAGAUGACGCUCUGGCCGUGCGAGAUGAGUAUUUGGCGUGGGCAAUGGAAGGAAGGAGACCGUUAAACCACAUCGACUACUAUGGAGUUACGUUCGACCACCUCGUGCCGGCCGAUGAUCCAAACCCAGAAGUGCUAGCCCUCAGCAUCAUUGAAGUGGAUAAUGACGGAGGAGCAUUUGCCAACAAAUAUCUUCUGUUCCCAGUAGAUCCGACAGAAUACACAGGGAAGAAAGUCCUUGUCGUGCCGAGAUGUUGUCAGGUCAAGAAAGGCACGCAAGAUCGCGAGCGAUGUAACAGCUUGGUGGCUGAGAGGGAUAACGAGAUCCGGAGAAGUUCGCGGAGGUGA